CUUUACUCUUCAGCCUUGCGCUAAUUCAGUUGAUACCUCGAUUUCUUUCCUCUUCCCUGAAUAUCAUCUCUAAGUUUUACAAUACCUUAUCCCGACUUAUAUCUUUCAUACAAAAUCUCUAUUUAUUCCUCCACAAUGACUUCCAGUGAGGCAGACGAAGGGAAUGAAUGGCCCAUUACUCCUGAGUAAGACCUCAAUCUCUAGAAGAUCAGCUCAAGGCUAAUAAAUUCUAGCAUUUUAGGAAUUGAAACUGCAACAAUUUGCAACGAUGUAUCCAAAGAGCAAGAAAUCACUUUUCAUACCAGACCAUUGACUCGACUUUCUCCUAAAUUUGCUCAGUUUUGUCGGAGAAAGAAACAAGCUGAUGGUCGAUUCACUCUUACGUGUGCUCAAAACAAGUAUGAUGCUUUUACAUGUAUUGCUCUUUAUGCAUAUCAUGGAAAAGUACCAACAGCACCAAAGGAUAUUGAUCCAGUGUAUACCCAACGUUUGAGAUGGAUUUAUUAUGUGGCUGAGGAAUUUGCACUUCACGAUUUGAUGAAUAAGGUAAUUGAUGCACUUCGUGUCUAUGAAUUUAAACACAAACAGGAGAUUCAUUUCUACGCGGAAGAGAUUUAUCGAAAUACCUCAAAAGGAAGUUUAUUGAGAUGGUAUUCUGCAGCAUCAGCAGCCUGGUCUUGGGGUCGAGAAACUGGUCCUGCAACUGCAUCACAGAGGGAUAAUCGGAAGAAAUUUAUUUCUGCUGGUAGAGGAAAUCCAGAUAUAUUUGCUGAUUUUCAUCUGGUGGAUCUCUUCCAUAGAGAUCAUAUCCGAGGUUUUGAUACGGAUUGGCGGGAUGUUCAUGAUUCUGGAUUGCCAGUUUGCGCUUUUCAUUGUCAUGCGCCGGGAGAAACUUGUCAUCGUACAGGAAUUACCGAACCGGCGGAAGUUCCAGAACAUAUCUCAAAGAGUUUUGAUGGGGUUGAGGAUACUGUGUUAUUGGAACGAUCACAAAUUAUGGAUACCCCUUCAGAUCAGGACAUUCGUUCUAGUGCUCGACCGAGUACACCUCCAGAAUCUUCAGAAGCGGAAGCAGAUACUCGUCAAGUGGAAGAUUCUAAUAUACGAUCCAAUGUUGGACAUGAUACUACUUUUUUGGUCGCUGAGCAUGAAAAUAUUCUUCCAAGUGUGGAUCAACCAAAUGGAGUAAUGAAUGACGAUCAAGAGACAGGGAACCCUACCACAGCAACGGCGUCCAAAGUGAGAGAAGUAGAACAAAGUACAAAGGCAUCUGCAGCGGUUCCAUUGGCAUCUAUCAGAAACCCAACGAGAUUCAUUCCACCAGAAAGCAAAAAGAUGGAUCGUUCGCAUAAAGGUACUUCAGCAAAUUUAGAAAAUGAAGCUCCAGCUGGAGAUAUUUAUGGAACUUCUGACGUCGAUAUGGAUCGUGAAGAUUCAGAAAGCUCUAAGAGACAAACCAAAAAACCCACGGAAAGAUACGGCGAGCAACUUGCAAGUGCGUGGGGAGUACCAUUAUCAUCAUUGCCUCUACAAAAGACUAGGAUUGUACCUGGUACAGUCGUCACAGCCAUUAAGGUUGUAGAUAUUAAACGACCUCAAGUUAAUCGCAUUAUCCCGGAUGUUCAAGAGAGCUCCGUCUGUGAGAAAGAAAAAAAUCAGAAGAUUAAGACGGGUACGAAGAAAAGAAAAUCAAUUGCCGGUGAAGAUGAAACUAAUCGGGAUUCUCACUCUGCCGUUACCAAGAAGUCGAAGACAGCGCAUCUAGGGACUAAGGUUACUACCAUAGUUUCUGAGUCGCAUAAAGCCAGCGGAAAACAGCCAUCCGUAGUCCAAGAUUCUGAUACUGAGUCUUCGGAAGACGAUAGUUCGGAGCUUAGUACCGAGGUUAGUUCGAGCGAUGAAGAUGAAGCCGAAGAUGAAGAUGAGAAGAUAAUUGAAGAUUGGUCAUCUGAUGAAGAUUCGAGCUCUUGGGAAGAUCAGGCAUCUACAUCUCAAGCUGAAAUACAUCAAGAUUCUGAAUCUAGCAAUAGCGGUAGCGAAUCUGAAGAAAAUGAACCAGAGCAACCAUUCAUUGAUUCUGGGAUUCAUUCUCAUACAUCAUCGAAAGCCACCUCUUCAUCAGUACUUCUUCAAUCCCAACCCUCAUUCAGUCAUCUAGGUACUUCUAAUUCACGGGAUCUACCUGGAGUAGCACCUUUACGACCUGGGUAUUGCCUCAUCUAUAAUUAUAAAGGACGAUGCAAUAAAGCAUGUGGACUUCAACACUUAUGUCUAAAAUGCGAUCUUCAACAUUCAUCUCUCCAUCAUCAUCAAUACCAACCUGAUUUUCGAGCCGUGAAUAAAGAUCCUUCCAUCGAGACAUGUCCAAAUUGGAAUGCAGGUAGAUGUGCCGUCCGAGUAACCAAUUGUACUUUGCGACAUAUCUGCUCGAUAUGUAACGGUGGACAUCGAAGUAUCUAUCACGAACACGAGGAUGUAUUCCCUAAGAGUGAAAAAACAGUCCGUGAUCGCGAUCGCACAGCAAAAGAAUCCCAUCAUUUCCACCAAGAAGGCCGACUCGAUCAUCGCCAAAACCAACAUCAACACCAAAACCAAUCCCACCCAAACACCCCCCACAUCAGCAAUCCUCUAGCCAAUACCUGGCCCGAAAAUCCCCAUUCACCAUCUCAUCGACAAAGAUCAAUAAAUCCAAAUGAAGAAACUUCAACACGGGGACCAAAUCCUCUCGAAUUCCCAUUUACGUCCUGUCAAAUGUGGCAGCGGGGAACGUGUAUUAGGAAGAGGACUCGUUGUCAAUUGGCUCAUGUUUGUGAGAGGUGUGGUCAAUUGACUCAUAGGACUGCUAAGCAUGAUACUUAUAUGAGUAAGACGGCUCCUAAGGGUUAGAAGAAGGGGAGUUGGUGGUUUAUUUGGCGGGGUACGGUUAAGGUGUUAUUUUCGUUCGAGGCGGGUACCGGUGGGGUGGUUUGCUUUUUUGAGU